UUUUACUUUCUUAGUCAAUUAAGAUUUAUUUUUGGAACAACUUUCUGGAAAAUCACUACCCCAUAGAAGUAGAUCACGAGAGUAAUGAACCUGAUAAAAAAAAGUUUUAAUGUAACUUUCCUUAUUUUGAUUAUUAAAAAAUGUCCCAACUGCUGUCUUAAACCAACAGGUAAGAAUCAUUGAUCAGGAGAUGCAGGGCAUAGGUGGACAGAAGCUGGACAUGCCCAGUCUGUGCUCAGCUGAUCUCUGGAAAACCAGUGAGCGCUGGGAUCUGAUGGGAAAGGAGCUGCUCCGUCUGAAAGAUCGCCAUGGAGCCGACUACUGCCUGGCCCCGACACACGAGGAGGCAGUGACCACUCUGGUGGCCCACCAGACGACUCUCUCCUACCGACAGCUCCCUCUACUUCUCUACCAGAUCACUCGGAAGUUCAGGGACGAACCGAAGCCGAAGUUCGGUCUGCUCCGAGGGCGCGAGUUUUACAUGAAGGACAUGUACUCGUUCGACUCGAGUGAGGAAGCAGCUUUUGAGACUUAUGAAUCUGUGUGCGCGGCGUAUGCCAGGCUCUUCACCCGGCUGGGUCUGCGGUGUGUUCAGGUGCAGGCGGACACGGGUAACAUCGGGGGUAAGCUCUCCCACGAGUUCCAGCUGCCGGCGGACAUCGGAGAGGACAGGCUGCUGGUCUGUGGGAGCUGCUCCUUCUCUGCUAAUGUGGAGACCCUGGCUUCAGACAGAACGGAGUGCCCGCAGUGCAAAACUGGCACACUGGUGGAGUCAAAGGGGAUCGAGGUCGGCCAUACCUUUUACCUAGGUAAAAAGUACUCUGAUGUUUUCAACGCCACCUUUAGCAAUGCACAGAACAAGCCUUGUGUCGCAGAGAUGGGAUGCUAUGGUCUUGGGGUGACCCGUAUUCUAGCGGCCGCCAUUGAGGUGAUGUCAACAGAAGACGCGAUCCGUUGGCCAGGCCUCAUCGCCCCGUACCAGGUGUGUGUUUUACCCCCCAAAAAAGGCAGUAAGGUCAACGAGGCUUCGAUCUUAGCAGAGGAACUAGUCCACACUUUGGGAGAGACUCUGCCUCGUUUGAGAGGUGAAGUAGUCCUCGACGACCGCACACAGAUGACCAUCGGGAAGAGGCUGAAGGAUGCCAGCAGACUAGGCUACCCGUAUGUUGUUGUGGUGGGACAGGCAGCUGUGGAGGAAACCUCCAGGUAUGAGGUGAUCUGUCAGCAGACAGGUGAGACGAUGUUUCUCAGUAAAGAUGGACUGUUAGAUCUCCUGGGACGAGUGGAAACUGUGUGAUUAAAAACUGUGGAUGGGGUAUUAAAUGUUUUUGCAUUCUUUGUAAAAGGAAAAAUGUAAAAUAUUCAAUAAGUGAGGGGGAGGGGCAGGAAGAAUAAGGCCUUUUAUGUGAAGUUUUUUUUACUUUUAAGUUUUGUCUUACGCCCCCCAAAGAUAGAAGCCAUGAUGUAUUGAUUAGAUCACUUUUCUUUACCAUGUUUUUAUAAACCAUAAAGUCAAAUUUUCCCUUUUUUUUAUGUUCCUGUGAUAAUAAAGAAACAUGAUCUCACACCAGUGAACAGAAA